CCGGAUGGAGGGAGGCGAAUAAAACUCGCACGAGGACCUGUUCUGGUCACAUUCUAUGCGUUAGUUUGAAACGCGCAUCAUCAAUGCCGAUGGAGAGCAUCAGAUAGUCAAGCAUAUUUCAUUUAAAAAAAAGAGAGAGAAAGCAAAAAAAAAAAAAAAAAGACGACACCAUAGUGCAAAAAUAAUAAAUAAAUAAAUAUAUAGUUACUUAUCAGGCGCGCGGACGGAAUCUCAUCGCCUCCUUCGCCUUUGUUCACUUUGGACCGGUGCGCGCGCUCGUGCUCGUGCGCAGCGGUGCACCGUCUUCUCCUGCACUGUCCUCCGAAAGGGGACACUUUCUUUCUUUUAUUCAUUUUCAUUUUUUUAUCUAUUGCAUUGAUCUUUUUCUUUCUUUCUUUUUUAUAUGCGUUUCUAUAUAUUUUUUUUUAGCUUCUCAUCAAUGUCAAGCAUCCGGUCCAGGUAAAAGCCUUCCUCCGUCCCGAGACGUCGCGAGCGAGCGUGGGGGGGAGAGGGUUUCAGUUCUCUGCCGUGCAGGAUUGAUUUAAAAGAGAAGAAGAAAAGACAAAAAGAAAAGGGAAGGAAAAGAAGGAGGGAUAAUUGAGGCAUGGGGACGCGGUGCUGGCUAUGGAUUCGUGUGACUUGCAUGCAGCGUGCACAGUCCGCGCGCAUCGCCGUGCUCGCGGUCUGAGCCGCUACUUGGCGUCGUUGCGCUUCUGCUUCUGCUGCUGUUUCUCAUUUUUUGCGACCGGGACGCUGCUGUGACUGACGGGACCUGCAGAAACCGGCCCGAGACGAGACAAGACAAGACGGACCGGACACCAUACACACUCACUCUCACACAGGACACGGAGAGAUAAAGACGGGAGACGCGGGGGGACGGCGGUAUCGAUAGGCAGGGAAGGAUUAUGGCGCUCGCCGCGCUCGCGCUCUUUCUGCUCGCGCUCACCUGUGCGAACUUUUACCUGGCGCGCGCGAGCCGGCACGCGGUGCACUGGAACAGCUCCAACAUUCACCUGCGGAGGGAGGGCUACACGCUGAAGGUGAAUGUGAAUGAUUACCUGGACAUCUACUGUCCUCACUACAACGUGAGCCAGCGGGGCGUUGCCGAGCAGUACGUGCUCUACAUGGUGAGUUACCGUGGCUACCGCACGUGCGACCCUCAGCUCGGCUUCAAGCGCUGGGAGUGCAACCGACCGCACGCGCCGCACGCGCCCAUCAAGUUCUCGGAGAAGUUUCAGCGCUACAGCGCCUUCUCGCUCGGCUAUGAAUUCCACGUAGGCCACGAGUAUUACUACAUCUCAACGCCCACUCAUCACCAUGGCCGCAGCUGCCUGAGACUGAGAGUGUACGUCUGCUGCUCAACAGCAGCUGAUGCAGAUGAUGAAGCACAGCCUACAGAGCCAGACUACACUCUAAGACCUAACAUGAAAAUUGAUGACCUCGACGAUUACGAUAACCCAGAGGUCCCAAAACUGGAGAAGAGCAUCAGCGGUAGCAGUCCAUCCCGGGACCGCCUCCUCCUCACGGUGGCCACGCUGUUCCUCAUCGCACUCUCCAUCUCCUAGCAUCUCCUCGCCUCCGGGACGUUGUCAUGCCACCGAGGCCUAGAGGACCACAGGGGGAGGAAAAGAACUUGUUGUGAUGUAGGAAGUACCAAGGAGCAAACAUGUAAUAAAAAAAGAGGAAAAAACAAAACACAAAAAAAACAGGAACAGCUGGAAUAGGACUAGCGGGAUGCUAAGGCCUUCUUCUGUUCAGUAGAACAUGGACUUUAUAAUGACAACUUUUUGCCAAUCAGCUCGAGCCAUAGUGUCAGAGUUGUGUACGUUUGUGUGUGUGUGUGUGUGUGUGUGUGUGUGUGUGUGUGUGUGUGUGUGUCUGUGUGUGAAGCUGAAUGUCUGUUCACACACAUGCUGUUUGCAAAUCAGUCAAGUGAAAAAUCCCCUUCACUCCGUCUAAUUAGUUUAUUAACUAACGAAUGGCCGCUUUAAGCGAUGAAAUUGAAUCGAUGCUCGAGAUGAGCGACGAAUUAACAUUCUCGCCGGUGUGGAUCAUUAGUGACAGAAAAGAAGAAAAAAAACAUUUUUAUGCAAAAUGAGGCUGAGGGAAGAAACACGGGCGGCUUUAAGCAGCUUCAUUGCCAAUUCAGUUCAGCAUUUCUCUCUCUCUCUCUCUCUCUCUCUCUCUCUCUCUCUUUCUUUCUUUAGCUUGAGUAAACCUGCAGGAUUAUCACGUUUACAAACCGACCAGAUAUCUCCAAAUCCCCGCCUUCUGCUGACGGAUUUAAACAGUUACAGCUACACAACAGUCAGUAUAGAAACGUUCCCCAAAUGUCUUUUUUUUUUCUUUCCAUUUUCGGAUUAUUUUUAGCUACAUGAUCCCAUUGCACAGACUAUAUCCUAUAUAUUCCACUAUUUCUGUCCAAACCCUAUGCUAUUCUGUUCAAAAGAAUGAAAAUAAAUUGAGACAGAUCUUGACCAGAUAUGGACAAAUGUUUGCGGACACCUGACCCUAAGAUUGAGAUCUGCUUUCUGAAAAUCCCAUUUCACAAUAAGUCCCCAUUUUCUGUUGCUAACUUCCACUCUUCUGGGAAGAUGUUCCACUAGAUUUAGUAGUGUGUUUGUGGAGAUUUGUGCAGUCAGCAUUCCAAUUCAUCCCAAAGGUGUUCAAUAGGGUUGAGGUCAGAGCUCUAUAGCAGGAGAUCUUCCACUCUAACGCAUAUAAACUAUAUCUUCAUGGAGUUGACCUUGUGCCUCGUUGGAACGGGUUUGGAUCUUCUAGUGAAAGUGAAGCGAAAAUCUAAUGCUAGUGCAUCCAGAGACGUCCUAUACAACUGUGUGCCUCCAAAUUUGUGCUGAUAGUUUGAGCAAGAACCACAUAUGGCUGAAAAUAGUCAGGUGUCCCAAUACUUUUGUCCAUAUAAUAUAUUUCCUUAUAAACCUUGAAAGAUUUUUCUGGGCAAACUAUUUGUAAUUUCUAUUCUGAAAGAGACUUGAACUUUUUAAAUGACAUCACAUGGACCUUGGCAAUCAGUGUGUGUGUGUGUGUGUGUGUGUGUGUGUGUGUGUGUGUGUGUGUGUGUGUGUGUUUCGAGCUGAAUUUGGUGCCUGUAGAAACAGUAGCGUAGGCUGGUGAUAUUGAAAUGCUCGGCUUUUCUCCAACUGGACUGCAUUCUCUUUUCUAUCCCGAGGCUUUUUUUUUUCUCUUCAUGAACAUUCACCUGGAUGACACAUGUGGAAACGUAUGUACAUAAACACAAACAUAUGAUGGGAUCAUUGGAUUUUUUUCUUCUUCUUUUUUUUUUUUGGUCAAUCUCCCUGCACCGGUUUUUACAGGACAAGGAGAGCCCUGGAGGUGAAACAUCGAACUGGUUUGGACCGGUCUGGUCUCUCCUGCUCAGCUUCAUUGAAUCAUAAACGUCUGUCAGUAGUCACUACAAACCGGCCUGCAGUGGUCGUCUUUUUUUUUUUUUUUUUUUGGAGCUUGUGGGAAAAAACCAGAGCAUUAGAUGUUCAGGAAUAAAACAGCGAACACCACAAAGACCUUUGGCACACGUCACACGCAAAUGUUCCCGUAUUCGGAGGGGAUUUUCCACCAAGCCGCAUUCUUCUUACGACAUUCUUUCCCUUUUUACAUCCCGAGUAGCACCUUAUCGACCCUGGGGAGGAACCCAGGCCGAGCUCGCGGCGCUCCAGCUCAACACAACAGGCUUGCAGUCGAGGAUUUCUGCUCCGAAAAAAUGUUCCUGGGACCCCUUAUGAUUUAGGUUUAGUAGGUUUUAGGGUUUAACGUGCUAACUGAAGUCUAACGAAUACACGUAGAACGUGAGGUGGGACUUGUGGGCUAUAGAGCAUUGAAGCCAAACAAGUUUUUUUCCGAUUAGCUUUAGAGUUAGUGUGGAACUCCUAGAUUGUCUACUCUGUACAUUCUGCUAACGUGGGUUACCGUGGUAACGUGGCGCCGUAGAGCAAAACGAGUACGCUCGGCGAGACGUCGGGGGGACGCACGUCAUUUUUACCGACUUUGUUUUUGACCUGUACGUUGAGUUUGUUUGUCGUGUACUUUAAGGCUAACGUGUUUAGCUCUGAAAAACUUGUGUGUUCUGUUCACGGGGUGGGCAGGGAGCGGGGCGGUGUAGGGGGCAAGGGCGUUAUUUUGGGAGGGUGAGUUUCAGAAGAGCUGAUCGGGCGAACGAUGACAAAGUAUCAACUGUUGCACUUCAAAACUUAGACACGAGUUUGUGUGUGUGCGCGUGUGUGUGUGUGUGCGCGCGCUUGUUCGAGCGGCUGUGUAAAUGGUCAAAUAGAUGAAAGACAUUGCAUUUCUUUAUACUGACCAACGCGAGCGUGUGUGUGUGUGAGAGAGUGUGUGUGUUGCUUGAUUGUACUUUUUUUUGCCGCGCAUGUGUGUGCAAGAGAGUCUGGGUCGUUUAGAAGAAAAACACAAAAGCAUUUAUUAGUGUUGGAACACAACUGUUUAAAAAAAAAAAAAAAAAGAAAAAGGAAAAAAAAAAGAAAUCAUGUUUACCUUCGACUGGAAUGAAUUUAAAGAACAAAUAAAGUGUAACAGACCGUAACAAAAAGGUUAUAAUGAUAAUAAUAACGAUAAUAAUAAUCAUGAUAACAAAAC